AUGUUACAAAAUUUUAAAACAAUUAGUCAACCACACAUAUUGUUGUCAUCAGUAUUGGUGUCGUUCAGUGUUUGCAUUCACUCACAGAUCAAACACUAUCCGAACGUAACGCUCGACACGUGUGGUAUCGGACGGCAGUCACUGUUAACUACAAAAAACUGUUUCAAGUGGUCAUCAAAUGUGACUACAAGUGUACAAAACGGACGGUUAGCUCAACCGGGAGAGUGGCCAUGGAUUGUAUAUAUCUAUUCUACAUAUUAUUUUCUAGAGUUUAUUCCGUUAGAAUGGGUAUAUUGUACUGGAGUUAUACUAAACACCAAUUGGAUUAUAACAGCAGCGCAUUGUAUACAUUCCGGUCACACACUAACUGUGCGUACAGUUCAGGAUAGCAAUGAUAAGAGUCAUAUAUAUGGUGUAAAUCAAUGGUUCAGACAUCCAUUAUAUACGGAUAAACUCAAAGACUAUUUCGAUAUUGCAUUACUGAAAUUGGAUUCAAAUAUUCCUAUCACACAUACGGCCGGGUAUUAUACGGUAAACGGUAUUUGUUUGCCGGAGAAAAACAUUGUUAAUAUCGAUGACGAGUUGGGACUGGUAGCUGGUUUUGGUUACAUUGAUCAGGGAGUGAGUAAUCCGGGACCAUUGAGGACGGGUUGGCUAAAGUUGAUGAAAAUAUUUACCAAUAGUACCGAUGCCUGGGGCGCUUGGAUCAUAGCCUUUAGAUAUCCGACUAAUGGAGGAACGGCUACUUGCAAGGGCGAUUCUGGCGGACCAUUGAUUCAAAAUGUUUUAAGUAGCGAUAGUAGUGAUGGUCAGAAUCGGGCCGUACUUAUCGGUGUGAGCAGCAGUUUAGCUGUAAACAAACCGGUCGGUUAUUGUCUAAAUCCCGAUCCCACUACACAAAUGGUUUUUAUGCGUGUAUCAAAAUUUAUUGAAUGGAUUGUUGAAACUGUUUUAAGCAAUACUAACUAA